AUGGCUCAAAGUACUCAUUUCAACCCGUUCGGAGAAUACGAGAGUGAUGUGAAAACGCUGAAAAUGGAACUCGAGAAGGUGUGCGAGGAUUUCGAGCGAGAUCUUCGCGAAACGACAGUGAAAGGAGGAGCGACGGCCGAAUCAAAGGAAAUCGGAACUGUUUUGGACAAAUUGACGGACGUUGUCAAAAAAAUUGUCGAAUCCGCAGUAGGAAACCAUCGAAAACUUGAUAAAAAUAGAACAUUCAGGUACAAUCGCUAGUUUCGGAGGUCGUCGAUUCACUCGCCAUGUUCGUAGUCAUUUUCACAGAGAAUUCGGAUAAGCUGAAAAACAGUGACAUGAUGAGCAUGAGCAGAUCGAUUUCGAAAUUCGUCCAAAUAGUUGCCGAUCGUAUUGCCGAGCCGUUCACCUCGGCUCUUCUGGAGCGAUGGACGCCUCUUUUCGAGGCACUUCUCGGCGCCAAAAUGAUUUUGCUCAGAGAUGUCGGAGUCGUCCUCUGGAAGGCCACUUUCCAGAAGGUCAAGGGUUCUUUGAGGUAUUCUGGACAGCUGAGGUUAGUUGAAAAGUUCACAAAACCGUCAAAAUACGGUUAAUUUUCAGAAAAAUCUUGGAGCGAAUCCCUAAGAAGUCGGGAAUAACUCUUCCCGCCGAGGAGAAGACUCCGACAGUUUUCACCGACGACGAAGAGGAAGCCAUGGACGGAAUGGGGCCUCCGGCUGCUGUCAACGCGCCGAAGCCUUCGGAAGAGAGCCAAUCCUUCCAGUUCUCGCAGCAGCCGCUGGCCGACGAGGUCGCCGAACGUCUUCUUAAGGAGAAGAAGCAGAAGGAGCUGGAGAAGGUUCAGAAGGACCCCUCGGCUCCGACGACGCCUUCUUCGCGACGUCGUCAGUCAAAAAUGGCGUCGCUUUUAGAUGAGGAUUCGUGCGAUUUUGUGCCGAUCACAGCCACUCCGCCGUCGUCGAAGCGCAAGAAUCGAUUGACCGAUCGGCAGAAGGAGAAGCUGGCGGAGGCGGGAGCUCCACGCACUGACAUAAACUACGUGGACGAGGAGUCGCAGAGCGGAGUCCAGAAGACCGAACAGAUGAAGGCGGCGCUGAAGGCGAUGAACUUUGACGUCGCCGAGGAGAGCAUGAGCAGCGCGCCGGUGAUCAGAAAACAGCUUUUCGACACAACGACGACGACGGACGGGGAGAUUUUCGCGAAUUCCGACGAGAAAACGGAGGAGAACUCGAAAAUGACAGAGACGACCGAGGAGAAGACUCCGUCGAAACGGAAGGGCGGACGAACGAAGAAGACGCCGAAGCAGUGCCCUCCGGAGAGUUCGCCGGUUCCGAAGAAACGGCUCCGCUCUUCGAUGCUCCAGAAGACCGACUCCACUGAUUCAGAAGGGUCCACAAAGUCGCCAGAAGCCAAAAAGGCGGAUGCGUCAGUUGAGAAGGCACUUGAAUCUCCGGAGCCUCGUGAAAUGACUCCAGAAUCGAAAGAAUUGGUCGACGUCGAGAUGAAGGAUUCGGAUGACAAUCUGGAGGUGUCUCCGCCGAAAACACCGCGAACUCCGUCGAUUUUGAGGCUUUCGAAGCGGGGAAUAGAGACGCCGGCCAGCGAGAAAAAGGUAAAUGAGAUCGCAGGAAAGAGACGGUACUAAAUUAGUCCAGUUAUUGCAGAAAAACCGUGUGCACUUUGGCGAGGAAUCCCUUCCGAAAGACGGUCUCUCCAACCCGUCAACUCCUCGUCGUUCCUCGCAAAUUGUGCUCGCUAUCGUCACGAAAAGUCCGCAGAAGCCGUUGCAGAAGACGUCCGCUCCUUCCGCUGCCGCUUCUUCCUCCUCUUCUCUCCCGUCUGCUUCUGAAUGUGCGCCCAUCGGCCUUCUGGAGAUUGAGGAUCCGACGUCGUCGAACUCUCCGAUCUACCGUCCGCUCAUGGAGUGCGUCGAUCCGAUCGAGAGGAUCGUGCGCAAUCUCUCGUCGCUCCUUUCGAAACCGGCUGUUGACGCGACGAAGCGAGCGCUCCAGCAGGCGGGCAUCCAGACGGUCGGAGAUUUUGCCGCCAUCUCUCGCAAGCAGCUCAACGAACUCGCGGGCAUCAAGCAUCCGAAGGAGAAGUGCGCACGCUCGGUUCUCGCAGAGUACGACGCCAGGAAACGGGCGGAGCAGCGCGUUUCCGAGGAGCGGCAGAAGCCGUUGACGGUCUCGGUGGAGGAGACGGAGAGCAUGGAUACCACCGAAAAGACUGAUGAUUCUCCGCUGCCGGCGAUGCCCAUGAUCAUGUCUAUUAGUCCGCCGAAGGUGACGACGAUGCUGUCUCCAGCUCCGAUCGUUCCGACUUCGACGCCCGCAGAUUCGGAGAACUGCAAGAAGACGGCGAUGUUGGUGCAGAAGGCGGUCAACGCCGACGAGGUUCGCAAGAAUCUGGCGCCGAUCUUCGACAAGACCAAGACGAUCCGAAUGGAGGUAACGAUUGAAGUCCCCUAUCUUUCUUCUAGAUUUUUCACACUUUCAGAGCCCCCUUAACAUCCAGAAGAUGCCGUUGACACCGUUAACUCCACAGAAGCCGACUUCAACUACUCCAGCUCCUUCCAAAGCGGAAAAAGUGCCAACUACGGGUGUGAACUCUAUGAUCGAAGGUAGUCUCCAUUCAGAUUCCCCUUUUUCAUUUUCUCAUUCAGAUUCCCGUCUUCUCCAUCGCAUCUGCAGCUCCCUGUCGCGCGCGCACUCCGUCAACCAGUUGCCUACCGAAAAAUGGACUUCCCUGCUGGAUACGGUCAACAAAGCGGCGAUCCUCUUCAAGAACAUUGUUCAGGAGCGCGGAAGUUUGCUCUCCGAAUGGGACGACGUCGACUUUGAGAACGGACCCGCGUGCGGAAGCGUUCUGGCGCCGGAGGAGGACGUGAAGACGUUGCGAGCGGUGUACCGGAGGAUGUCGCGACAUCACGCACUCGGAGACGUCGACGAUGUCGACUGGAAGGCCAUCAUGGAGACGGUCAACGAGGCCGCUGUUCUUCUGCGGAGCAUAGUUGCCGAACGGGCUCCCAGAGCAUAA